GGCGACCGGCUGCCUUCCCAGGCCGGGCGGAGGCUGGCGCAUGUGGGCGCUCCGUUCGCUGCUGCUGCGGGCCGCGGCUGGGCGCAGCAUGUCGCAGGGACCCGCCCGCCGCCAGCGGCCGCCCAAGGACCCGCUGCGGCACCUGCGCACGCGGGAGAAGCGCGGCCCGUCGUGGGAGCCCGGGGGCCCGAACACCGUGUACCUGCAGGUGGUGGCGGCCGGCGGCCGGGAUGCAGGCUCCGCGCUCUAUGUCUUCUCCGAGUACAACCGGUAUCUCUUCAACUGUGGAGAAGGCGUCCAGCGACUCAUGCAGGAGCACAAGCUGAAGGUGGCUCGUUUGGACAACAUAUUCCUCACUCGGAUGCACUGGUGUAAUGUUGGGGGGUUGUGUGGAAUGAUUCUUACUUUAAAGGAAACCGGGCUUCCAAAGUGUGUACUUUCUGGACCUCCACAACUGGAGAACUACCUAGAAGCUAUCAAAAUAUUUUCUGGUCCAUUGAAAGGAAUAGACCUGGCUGUGCGGCCCCACUCUGCUCCAGAAUACAAGGAUGAGACCAUGACGGUUUUCCAGGUCCCCAUAUACAGUGAACAGAGGUGUGGAGGGCGCCAGCCAUCACCGAGUCCGGAACGGCUCAGUCCAGAGCGGUCUUCAGACCUUGGGUCGACUGAAAAUGAGCAGCACCUUCCAGAUGGUGUUAGGCAGAAAAUAGGUGGCCGGGACCCCUCCUUGGUGGUAGCUUUUGUCUGUAAGCUUCACUUGAAGAAAGGAAACUUCUUGGUGCUCAAAGCAAAGGAGCUGGGCCUCCCAGUUGGGACAGCUGCCAUUGCUCCCAUCAUUGCUGCUGUCAAGGACGGGAAAAGUGUCACUUACGAGGGCAGAGAGAUUUUGCCUGAAGAGAUCUGUACUCCUCCAGAUCCUGGUCUUGCUUUUGUUGUGGUAGAAUGUCCAGACGAAGGAUUCAUUCAACCCAUCUGUGAGAAUGCCACCUUCAAGAGGUACCAAGGAAAGGCCGACGCCCCUGUGGCCCUGGUGGUUCACAUGGCCCCAGAGUGUGUGCUUGCGGACAGCAGAUACCAGCAGUGGAUGGAGAGGUUUGGGCCUGACACCCAGCACCUGAUCCUGAAUGAGACUUGUGCAUCGGUUCACAACCUCCGCAGCCACAAGAUUCAAACGCAGCUCAACCUCAUCCACCCCGGCAUCUUCCCCCAGCUCGCCACUUUCCCCUGUAAGGAAGAAGGUGCCAGCUUCAGUGUGCCCACGGUCCGGGGUGAAUGCCUCCUCAAGUACCAGCUCCGUCCCCGGCGGGAGUGGCAGAGGGAUGCCAUUGUUACUUGCAAUCCUGAUGAAUUCAUAGCCGAGGCUCUGGAGCUCCCCAAUUUCCAGGAGAGUGUGCAGGAAUAUAGGAAGACUGCACAAGACAGCCCAGCCCCAGCAGAGACAAGAAGCCAGUAUCCAGAAAUCAUGUUCCUUGGAACAGGGUCUGCCAUCCCGAUGAAGAUUCGCAACGUCAGCUCCACACUUGUCAACAUAAGCUCUGACAAGUCCCUGCUCCUGGACUGUGGCGAAGGCACGUUUGGGCAGCUGUGCCGUCACUACGGCGAUGACGUGGACAGGGUCCUGGGCACCCUGGCUGCCGUGUUUGUGUCCCACCUGCAUGCGGAUCACCACACGGGCCUGUUACAUAUCCUGCUGCAGAGAGAACGAGCUCUGGCUUCUCUGGGAAAGCCCUUUCACCCUUUGCUGGUGGUCGCCCCGACCCAGCUCAAGGCCUGGUUCCAGAAGUACCACAACCAGUGCCAGCAAAUUCUACAUCACGUCAGUAUGAUUCCUGCCAAAUGCCUUCAGAAAGGAGCUGAGGCCUCCAGCCCCGAAGUUGAAAGGUUGAUUAGUUUGCUGCUGGGAGCGUGUGAUUUGGAAAAGUUUCAGACCUGCCUGGUCCGGCACUGUAAGCACGCUUUUGGCUGUGCACUGGUCCACACGUCCGGCUGGAAGGUGGUCUAUUCGGGGGACACCAUGCCCUGCGAGGCUCUGGUACAGAUGGGGAAAAACGCCACCCUCCUGAUACACGAGGCCACGCUGGAAGAUGGUCUGGAAGAGGAAGCCAUGGAAAAGACCCAUAGCACAACCUCCCAGGCGAUCGGUGUGGGGAUGCGGAUGAAUGCGGAGUUCAUCAUGCUGAACCACUUCAGCCAGCGCUAUGCCAAGAUCCCCCUCUUCAGCCCCGACUUCAAUGAGAAAGUUGGAAUUGCCUUUGACCACAUGAAGGUCUGCUUCGGAGACUUCCCAACCGUGCCCAAGCUGACUGCCCCGCUGAAAGCCCUGUUUGCCGGCGACAUCGAGGAGAUGGAGGAGCGCAGGGAGAAGCGGGAGCUGCGGCUGGUGCGGGCGGCCCUCCUCUCCAGGGAGCCGGUGGGCGGCCCUCAGGACACUGAGCCCCAGCAGAAACGGGCCCACGCGGAGGAGCCUCAGAACCCACGGAGCAAGAAGGUCAGGGCAAACUGAAGGUCGGGAGCGACCCUGAACUCGAAGGCUCACGUCCUCGGCCCUGUGCACGGCGUGGUGUCCUCUCCUUCCUGGUGGGAGCCAGAGGGCACGGUUCACAGUGAGGCCCGCGGGAAGAGGUGGGGAGAAGCCAAGCCUGGGCUUGGGCCCUGCUAAUGACUGGCCUGCUUGACGCCUCCUACAACCUGUGCUGGCAAAGCCUCGAGACAGGAGGCUGCCGAAAGGAAGAAAGCAGGGACAACUGGAAUUGAGUGCCAUUUAAAGAAGUCACAUGGAAAAACAGUGCGCCCACGCCUGCUCAGCCCAGUUAUUCCCUCUGCACACCAGAGACAAGCCAACUCACAUGGAACAUUGGACUGUGGACGUGAAGUCUAAGUGUCGAAGACUCAAGGAAUAGUAUUUCCAAAGACACAGAACACAAUAAAGAUUCCAUUUGGAACCCGAGUGCUCUGCUUCGUCCUGGUGCCACCUCUGAGCAGGAGUCUCCCUGUGCAGUGUCAUGCUGCCAGGUACCCCGUGUGCCCUGGAAGCUGGCACUGAUCGCACGAGGACCUUUGGAGUCUGUCCCUGGGGAGUCACUACCCUUCAGUAGUCUAGUUUUUUGACAGAAGUCAAGUCAAGUCGUGCCGCUCACAGCAGUGGCGUGCUUUCAUGUGCUGGGAGAGCCACGCUGGGCCAGCACGGUGGCUCAGGGAAAUGCAGCCCUGUUCGUGGUUCACAGCAGUGGCGUGGUUUCACGCACUAGGAGGGCCAUGCUGGGCCUGCACAGUGGCUCAGGGAAACACAGGCCUGCUCACUGUUGUGGGUGAAAACGGAGACAGGAGAUUUGCUCUUCCUUGCCCCAUAAUGAGAACGAGAAUCACUCAUUGCUCAUCAAAGUAUUGAGAAAUAUCACGUCAGGCUGGCUCCCUUGCCCUCCUUUUGGGAUUUAACAACACUGAAGUUAGUUCUUGAAAAUUGAGAGAAUUUUCAAAGACAAAUCUAGUAUUUAUUUGUGUAUUCUCCCUAUGUAGGAGAAUAUAGAAAAAGUUUCAAAAACUCAGGUGACGAGAGAGACAGACCAGAGACUUGGCCUUGCCUAGCCGUGCCCUCAGGUGUCCUCCUAGGCAGCAUCUGAGAUCGAGUCCCGUGUUCCCACCAGCUUAUUAUCAAAACAAGAAGGCCACGCUCACGGAUAAUAAAUCUAUUUUAAUAACAUUACUUUGGACAACUAUUUGUACAUGUAUUUAAAGGUAACUUUCAACCCCUGGGCUCCAUUACAAAUUGGGUACUGAACCGCCCUUGCCAGGAAGUGAGCAAAGCUGUUAACAUCAAAAGUUUGCAAAUCCCACUGUCAGGGAAGGGUUAUUUUACACUGUGUUGGGAAAAAUAACUAAGCAUUUAAAUUUCUCAUUGUACACCUGUACAUUGGUUUAGAUUGAAUGGCUCAAACAAAUAUAGAGAGAUUUCAUAUAUACAAAUAUUAUAUCAUGUA